GAAGAAGUAGAUCAUCGCCAGGCAGGUCUCCGGGGCUCUCUCUCGGUUUAACGUGUAGUAUAACGGUGUCACCUCCGGGAUGAGUCCACCAAGCUUCCACGCCUCUGUGGAUUUAAAUUAGCCUGGAAUAUGAUCAGAAGACGAAGAUAAGCAGCGGCGGCGGCGGCGGCUGGCUUCCUGCAGGAUUUCUCCCAGGCUUUUUGUUUUUUCCGUGGACAUGCCUGGUCUAUGGAGCGAAGCUGAGCUGAGCUAGCUGGCCGACAGUGCGGCUAGCGCAGCAUUUCCAGUCUUUUGGAUGAUUGUUUAACUGAGGAGCUGAUUUAUUUCUCGAUCAGCCCUACCUCCCCUGUAAGGACUCAGCAUGGGGGAGUCCAGCCUGGACGAUGCCAAUGUCAAGGUGGCUCUUCGUGUACGGCCCAUGAACAGGAGAGAAAAGGAAUUAAACACUAAAUGUAUCGUGGAGAUGGAAAAGAACCAAACGAUACUCCAUCCGGGCGGAGCUAACCUGGGCAAAGCAGACUCCAGGAGUCAAACCAAGGUUUUUGCCUAUGAUUACUGUUUCUGGUCAAUGGAUGAGACAGAUAAGGAGAGAUUUGCCGGUCAGGAAGUGGUCUUCCAGUGCCUUGGGGAAAGUCUUCUCCGCAACGCCUUCCAGGGCUACAACGCCUGUAUCUUUGCCUAUGGACAAACUGGCUCGGGGAAGUCGUACACCAUGAUGGGUUCAGUUGACCAGCCGGGUCUGAUUCCCCGGCUGUGCAGUGCUUUGUUCGUGCGAACCCAGAAGGAACAGCGGGAGGAGGAGAGCUUCACUGUCGAGGUGUCCUACAUGGAGAUCUACAACGAGAAGGUCCGAGAUCUGCUUGACCCCAAAGGGGGUAAACAAACUCUGAGGGUGAGGGAACAUAAAGUGUUGGGUCCCUACGUGGAUGGCUUGUCUCGACUAGCUGUGGCGAGCUACAAGGACAUCGAGUCUCUGAUGUCCGAGGGGAAUAAGUCUCGGACUGUUGCUGCUACCAACAUGAAUGAGGAGAGCAGUCGAUCACACGCUGUCUUCAAUAUCAUCCUCACACACACGCUGAAAGACGUGAAAUCCGGGACGAGCGGGGAGAAGGUGAGUCGGUUGAGUCUGGUAGAUUUGGCUGGAAGUGAGCGAGCAGCAAAGACUGGAGCAGCAGGGGAACGACUCAAGGAGGGAAGCAACAUCAACAAGUCUCUCACUACGCUGGGUCUGGUGAUUUCAGCGCUAGCCGAACAGGGAACAGCAAAGAACAAAAACAAGUUUGUUCCUUACAGGGACUCUGUUCUGACAUGGCUCCUGAAGGACUGUCUGGGCGGAAACAGUCGCACAGCCAUGGUUGCAACAGUGAGUCCAGCAGCAGACAACUACGAGGAGACGCUCUCCACGCUGCGCUAUGCAGACCGAGCAAAGAGCAUCGUUAACCACGCUGUUGUGAACGAAGACCCCAAUGCUCGCAUCAUCAGGGAACUCCGGGAGGAAGUAGAGAAACUACGAGUGCAACUGACUCAGGCAGAGUCGUUGAAAGCCCCAGAGCUGAAAGACCGUCUAGAAGAAUCUGAAAAGUUGAUUCAAGAGAUGACCUACACCUGGGAGGAGAAGCUGAGGAAAACUGAGGAGAUUGCACAGGAGCGUCAGAAGCAGCUGGAGAGUCUGGGUAUUUCUCUCCAGUCAUCAGGGAUUAAAGUUGGAGAUGAUAAGAGUUUUCUUGUCAACCUUAACGCGGAUCCUGCCCUCAAUGAACUGCUGGUGUACUAUCUAAAGGAACACACAAAGGUAGGCUCGGCAGACUCUCAGGACAUCCAGCUGUGCGGCAUGGGUAUCCAGGCAGAGCACUGUGUCAUCGACAUAACGGUGGAUGCUGGGGUCAUGCUCAGCCCGUACCGCAAUGCUCGGACGUGUGUGAACGGUUCUCCAGUUACCAGUGCUCUGCAGCUUCACCAUGGCGACCGAAUCUUCUGGGGAAACAACCACUUCUUCAGGAUCAACCUGCCUAAGAGGCGCACUCGGGAUGCUGAGGACGAGGAGGGUGAGGGUGGCCUGAUGAAGAACAGUGGCAGCAGUGAGCAGCUGGAUGCAGAUGGCGACACAGGCAGCGAAGUGUCGAGUGAAGUCAGUUUCUCCUACGAGUUCGCUCAGACAGAGGUCAUGAUGAAGGCCCUGGGGAAUAACGAUCCAAUGCAAGCAGUCAUGCAGUCUCUAGAGAGGCAGCAUGAGGAGGAGAAGCAAUCUGCUCUGGAGCGGCAGAGACAGAUGUACGAGCAGGAACUCCAGCAGCUCCGCAAGAAGCUGAACCCGGACCGUCUGUCCUCAGGCUCCUCCGGAGGACAGCCGUCUGGCCAGCAGGCUCCAGGACAGCAGUCCCACUACCGCAGCCUGGAGAGACUUAGCAUGGGAGGGAUGAGUCAUUCAACCAGCGCUCAGAGCAGACUGAGGCAGUGGAAUGAGGACAGGGAGGCGGUUUUGGUUAGGAGUCUACGGCGCUUGAGGGAGCAGAUAGUGAGAGCGAACCUCCUUGUUCAAGAGGCCUGUUUCAUCUCUGAUGAGCUGGAGCGACACACAGAGUACAGAGUCACUCUGCAGAUCCCGUCGGACAACCUCAACGCGAACCGCAAGAGGGACGCUGUGCUCAGUGAACCAGCAAUCCAGGUUCGACGACGCUGUCGAGGGAAGCAGAUAUGGAGUCUAGAGAAGAUGGAGAACCGUCUGGUUGACAUGAGAGAGCUGUACCAGGAGUGGCAGGACUACCAACAGCAUGACCAAGACAACCCUGUGAUGCGCUCAUAUUUCCGUCGAGCAGACCCCUUUUUUGACGAGCAGGAAAACCACAGUCUGAUCGGCGUCGCAAACGUCUUCCUCUCCUGUCUCUUCUAUGAUGUGAAACUCAAUUAUGCUGUUCCCAUCAUUAACCAGAAGGGGGAGGUUGCAGGGCGUCUACACGUGGAGGUGGUGAGGGUCGGCGGGGCAUUAGAGGACAACAUGGCUGGAGGCGAUGAAACCGACAACAACCAAGACGCUGAUGUCCCGGAUCGCCAACUGGUCUGCAUGAUUAAGAUCCUGCAGGCCACUGGUCUUCCCCAGUACCUGUCCAACUUCGUCUUCUGUCAGUAUUCCUUCUGGGACCAGCCCGAGCCCAUCAUCGUGGCCCCUGAAGUAGACCCAUCGUCUUCGUCGCCCAGCACCAAGGACCCACACUGCAUGGUGGUGUUUGACAGCUGCAAGGAGGUGGCAGUGUCAGUAUCGGAAGACUUCAUUGAAUACCUGACUGAAGGAGCGGUUGCCAUCGAGGUAUACGGACACAGACAGGCUGACGCAGGAAGAAACCCCGCCCUGUGGGACCUCAGCAUCAUCCAGGCCAAGACGCGCACACUACGAGACAGGUGGAGCGAGGUAACGCGUCGCCUGGAGCUGUGGAUUCAAAUCCUGGAGAUAAACGAGAACGGAGAAUUCGUCCCAGUGGAAGUAGUUCCUGCUAGAGAUGUGCGGACCGGGGGAAUCUUCCAGCUUCGGCAGGGUCAGUCGAGGCGAAUCCAGGUGGACGUCCGUUCAGUUCAGGACUCGGGCACCAUGCCGCUGAUUUCAGAAAUCCUGCUUGCUGUGUCAGUUGGAAGUGUGGAGAUCAGAAACACCACAGCGAACCAGGAAGUGGAUGAGAUGGACAGUUAUCAGGAGAGAGAUCUGGAACGCUUGCGGCGGCAGUGGUUAGCCGCUCUCACCAAGAGGCAGGAAUACCUCGACCAGCACCUGCAGAGCUUAGUCAGCAAAGCAGAAAAGACAGAGGAUGACAUGGAGAGGGAGGCCCAGCUGCUGGAGUGGCGCUUGACUCUGACGGAGGAGAGGAACGCCGUCAUGGUGCCCUUCCCUGGCAGCGGCAUUCCCGGAGCUCCUGCUGAAUGGGUUCCUCUGCCGGGAAUGGAGACACAUAUUCCUGUCCUCUUCCUGAACCUCAAACCUGAUGACCUCAGCUCUCAGGAGCAGUUUGAGGUUACUGAGGCUGGAGGUUGGGACGCCACUCUGAAUGGAGAAGAUGAGGACGACUUCUUCGACCUACAGAUUGUCAAACACUACGACGGAGAGGUGAAAGCCGAGGCCUCAUGGGACUCUACGGUCCAUGAGUGUCCACAGCUCAGUCGUGGGGGAGCGUGGCCAGAGCAGCGGGUCUACCUGACCAUCCGGGUGGUGGUUCAGCUCAGCCACCCUGCCGACAUGCAGCUGGUCCUGAGGAAGAGGAUCUGCGUCAACGUGAACCCGGGGCGCCAGGGUUUUGCACAAAACUUCUUGAGAAGGAUGUCCACCCGCAGCACCAUACCUGGCUCCGGGGUCACCUUCGAGGUCGUCUCCAACAUCCCCGGGGACGCCCCUGGUUCAGAGGACAGGGAGAUGCUGGCCAACCUCGCUGCCAGCGCACACAACAGCCAGUCAGCGGAUGAAGAAGCUGCUAUAGAGAAAUACCUCCGCAGUGUCCUCAGUCUGGAGAACAUCCUGACUCUGGACAGACUCAGACAGGAGGUGGCAGUGAAGGAGCAACUGACCAGCAGAGGGAAGAGCAACAGACGCAGCAUCAGUUCUCCUUCUGUCCACAGGCUGUCUGGAAGUAGACAAGACCUGUCCACAUCCUGCCUGGAAGAUAAGGGUCGAUGGGAGAGUCAGCAGGAUAUCUUCAUGCCUUCUCAAUUUCACCGCACCCUCCCCCGGCCCGCCUCCUCCCCCUCCACCUACUCCACCUCUCCUUCUUCAUCCCAAUCUCCCUUCGGUAUGCCACCGCCACAGAGCCAGGAGCCGGAGCAAGGUCGUUCAGGACUUGCUGCCUCUUAUCUUUCAGUUAAGGCGCUGGUUCCUCAGAUGCCCAAACUGCUCAAGUCUCUGUUUCCAGCGCGGGACGAAAAGAAGGACCUGAGACCUUCGCCACAGAGCCAGCCGCAGCAUGUCCCUCGCAUUGUGACAUCAGGAGGGGACGAAAGUCGACUCAAGGCUGAGACGCCUGCUAUUCUACGACCCGCAACCAAAGACCGACGGGCCGAGUUCCCAGAAGUCCCUCCUCUUCCUGUGCAUGACCCGCAUGACAUCACCCCCCUCAGCCCCCUCAGCCAGUCGUCGAGCGGCUACUUCUCCAGUAGUGUGUCUACGGUUACCCUGUCUGACGUCCUCCAGCCCUCCUCCUCGUCCUCCUCCCUCCUGGCUGCUGACACUACGUUACCAACAAACUCCCAGACGCAGGGUGCUGACAGGAACGAUGUUGUAACCUCUCCUUCUCAGUGUGGCGCCAAGAUGGCCGUCGUCGCUCCAUCCCCUUCCCAAAACUCGGCCAAUCACAACAAUGUCUCCUCAGAAAACUCCGUCUCCGAACCCAAGCUGAUCAACUCAGGAGGAGGAGGAGGAGGAGGAGGAGGAGGAGGAGGAGGAGGAGGAGGAGGUGGUGGUGGGGAAGGCUUUGAGAGGCUGGAGAUCUUUGUGGACGAUGAAGAGCGUAGCAAUAAUGACGUACUACCUGAUUGGCUGUCGGAGGGGGCAUGUGUUACAGUAGGAAGCAAUAAGGCCGGGACAGUGCGCUAUGUGGGAAUGACACAGUUUGCUGAUGGAGUGUGGGUGGGGGUGGAGCUGGACACCCCUGUAGGUAAGAAUGACGGUUCAGUGGGAGGUCAUCGGUACUUCCUCUGUAAACCGGGGUACGGGGUGUUGGUCCGCCCGGACCGCCUGUCCUACCGCGAUCGGACCAGCCGGCGCACGGGAGACUUCCCCGCCUCCGCCCACGUUCCCGUCUUACGAGGAGAAGCCAUUGUUGCGCGGCGGGGGGAGAACCGCAAGUCCUGGAGCAGUUGAGACAGGGAGGGUGGGAUGAACUCCCCCCCACAGCCCUCCUCUUCCUCCUCUUCUCCCAGCUAUGCAACAGGCUCAUAGAAACAUACUGCCUACCCUCCUUUAGAACUACACCCACUCACAGGUAAUGGGUGGAACUACAAUAAAGACAUAAGAGACAUUCAGAACGAGAGCUAGAGAGUGGACGAGAGACUAUGCAGAGAAUACAGAAGUCCAGGGAAGGAUAUUCACCUUAUAGGAAGAUACUUCUAAAGGAGCAGCGGUCAGUGGGAAGACUGCUGAGAGUGAUGGAGGUCAGUGCAGACUCUGUCCUGAUUUGGAGUGUCGGAGCUCUGCGGGGGUGUGCAGCCUGGAUUACUCUGAGCUAAUAAACGGGGAUGCAAAUGGGUCACAUUUUAGGCAGGAGUCCCUUUUUGGAUGAAAAUACACAUCUGAGAAUACUUUAUUAACUUUUUGAGUGCAGAAGAAAACACUUUUAGAUUGAAAAGCAGUCAACUUUUCCAGUUGGUUCCAUUUAAAUUAUUUCUAGUGGUCAUGGCUACUAGAAAAUGAAAUACUGUUCUGCCUAGUAACCACAUUCAGUCUGAAACAGAGUGUUUAAUGUGCAUUUCUGGGCUUUUUUUCCCCUCCCUACACACUCAAAAUAAUGUGUGGCGAUUAGUUAACUAAAAUAGACCAAAUCUGAUUUUAAACUGUUUUGUUUUAAAUUCAAAGCUCAAACUAAGGCAGUCAGACUGUGUGAUGACGCGUUUGCAUCCCUAGAUAUGAUGUCCCAGAACCCCCUGCUCCGGGUGCCACUCCGCUGAACUCUCUACAAACUCAUUGUUUGAGCCUCGUCUCCUCCUCCUUCUCCUCCUCCUCCUCCUCCUCCUCCUGGACUACCUUUUCUUUUGAAGAUAGAUCCUCCCAGAAUGUGCCUUCACCACGGCUUGGUUUGCAUUGUUUUUAUUUCUGUGUAUUUAAUUUGAAUUCAUUGUGUUUUAAAGAGAAUGCCUUGUGCUAAGUGUGAGGUGAUCUCAGGGACUGCCGAGGGGAAAGGACACGGAGCGGUGUGUGUGUGUGUGUGUGUGUGAUUGUAAAUGUUGUACAGUGUUGCCCUGUGUGCACAAAUAAUUGUUGUAGUCGUUGUUGAUAAUUCUACGUGUAAAGCAGGAAAAGGUGUGUCCCUGUUGGACAAAGCCACUAUAGGAGCAAGCUGUUUGUACUGGGAGGCUUUAAAAGUCGAUUUUGCACUGGAGACGUCGGAGAAGAAGAAGCAUCUGUAUGUUAGCAGAACGUGUGUGUGUGGUGCUGUUAGAGAGAGGUUGAAGAGCGGAGACAGAUUCCUCGAGCAAACUGAAGAUGAAAUUAGAGUAUAUCUCCGUGAGGGCCCAGUGGACGUCUGCUCUUGAAGGAAAAUGUGCUGGUUGUCCUCAGUGUCUGACAUUUAGACGCUAAGGGGCGUUGUAGCACUCUGGUGUUGGGGGGGAGGCAUGUACAUGUGUCGAGGAAUAGAAAGUGAGAAGGACACGCAGAAGCUCAGCUGGGUAUUUCACGCUUGAGAAUAGAAUUGAUUUGCUUCUAUGCAUUUGAUCAGUUUAAAAGAUUCUAGUUUGGAUCGUUUAGGAUUUCUGAAGCUGGGAGCGUCACAGGUUAAAGCAGUUCUGACUGAUUUAACGUUCCUGGCAUGUCUGCUGUGGAAAAUGCAAGUUGAUGUGGCAGACAAAUUAGUUUUUUAUUGAACAUCACAUUCCAGAGGGACUUUUUACAUUUCACAGAGACCUUUAUUCUUUGUGUGUUCAUCGUGCAGGAGCAUCAGCAGCACAGCACUGGAUCAGACUUUAUGAAGACCAUCGCUUCAUAAAGAAUGCAGACAGAGAAUACCAAUACUUCUCCAUCAGUCAGAGGGCUACUCCCCUAAUGUGACACAGGAAGUUUAGUUUACUCAUCACAGGGAGUGCUACUCAGCAUGAGAACGGUCUGCUGUAGUCCUGGGGGGGCUUAACGCCCGGGUAGCAGUUUGACAAAAUUGCCACAUUCAUAUAUAAUUAACAUUAGAAAUGGCAUUUUUAUUUAUUCAAUACAAAUAGGAAAAUAGGAAAUCUAGGAAAAAGAUAAAAGCACUCAAAGCACACAAAACUACAAUACAUUAAAAGCCGAUUUUAUAAAAUAAAAGUAUAAAAGAAUGAAGGGAUUUUGUCCUCGAAAAAAUGUUAGAGGGCUUUUAUUUUUAAACCAAAACAGGAAGUGCUAAGGUAAACAUGGAUUUUCAUUGACAUUUUCCACAGAUAAAGACAUUAACACUGUAGGGCUGUUGCUGUUUUAAUGUCAAUAUAUGGUAAUAAUUCCAUUUCCCUGAUUAAAAGCCGAGCCCAAAUAAAAAGGAAGUUUGGCGAUGCACGUGCAAGUCUGAGAAUUGUACCCUGAUGAUGUCAUGAAGGAGUACCCCUUUAACACACUUGAUUAAGGUCUGUGUGAAGUGUUUGAUUUGAGUCCUGAGUUGGAUCGAAGCUUUCUCACCAAGUGAGAAAUAGGCAUGUGCUUAUAGGUUGAUGGAAAAAUGAAAUUGCACCAUCAUCAUCAUCAUCAUCAUCAUCAUCAUCAUCAUCAUCAUCAUCACUAAUAAGUUCAUAUCCUGAUGGUGACAUGCUAUUAUUUACUGUUUCUAUAGUGACAUUAAGUUAAUCUAUGUAAACUAUAGGAGUGUAUUUAGAUUUCCGAUGCAAUGAUGCAUACAUUAUCUGGAAAACCACGUAAACGGUAUGUCCGAACAUUAUCAUCUUUAUGGAUACAUUAUGUUUUUCCAUUCCUUUUUAUCACGCGUCUUAUCUCGAGAGGCCUGAAUUUACUAUUUAUGUUUCAAUUCUUGUACAGAUGCAUUUACCGCAUGAAAAUUGAUAAGCCUUUCUUGUUCUUUUAAUGAAUAUUGCACAAAUGAUUUCAUGAAAAAUUGCUGCUAUUAGCAUUGUAUAUCUUCCUGUAAAUGAAUCCGCUGAUUUAUGGACACUCUGCGUCUCUUACUGUAGAUUGGAAUUCAGUAGUUUUAAAAAAUGGCAGACCUGAAAAACUAAAGUGGUUCAACGGCCAAUAUAUAUUUUUUAAUAUGAAGCAGUAAAAUUCCUAAAAACGAGGCACUUUGUCAUGGGAGCCUUGAAGAGGAAGUGGGGGUAAAAGAUGGAAUAUUUUCUGGGUGAGGAUGACUCCUGCGUUGAGAGGAAAUACCAUAUGGAAGUAUGAGACACAAUACAUCACCAUAGUCUAGUUAUAAUGUAUUUAUUAUCCGGCCUUAUAGCCCGGGACCCUCUGAUUGGUAGGUCGGUUACUAUGGGUGGCUGUCUCAUUUGUGAUUGGUUGGCAGGUUGUAAAGGUUGUUUUUAAAUAUUGUGGUUUAAAACAGUUAUGUGGUAAUGAAGGAAGGGAGCAAAGUGUUGUGUGUGUGUGUGUGUUGUGUGAGUGUUGGGCGGACCCGGCUUUGACUCAGUUGAGUUUGCGAGUUCUUGCCAGGAUGGGAAAUGACCAGCAGCUGCUGCUUUACUUAUAAAGGAUAAAGUUAAAAGUUCCUGCUCUACUUUUCCCGUCCUGGCAGGGCUCUGUUUUAGGGGCGUGAGAUCACUUCAGGCUUCUGGGUGUCCCCGUGUGUUACCGUGCCUCAGAAACCACGUGUCCACGCAUUGCUUCAUAUCGUUCAUUUUGCACAAAGUCUCCAGAAAGGGAACCGGAAGAGGUUAUUUCUGGAAUGCUUCUAAGACGUAGGAAGAAAAAUACAACCUGAUUUCAUUUUUUGAUUCUCAUGUUACCUUCUUUCUUUAAAUUAUACUGAAAAUGUUUAAUUUUCUGUUAUUCAUUUAAAAAUCUGUCAAUCACUGCUCAACUAACUUUGUAGUCAAAUAAUGUCAAAUGGUUUAGGGCUGUACCGAGUGACGCCAUUGAGAUAUAAAUCAACAUUUUUUUUGCAUGUCUUUACAUUUGGUUCAAAGCUAGCUAAAGAUUGGGAUGAACAAAUAUUAAUAGUGUUUUAUAAACUCAUAUUUCUUGAUUAUUCUUCCAAAUAUCACUUUUCACCAUGUUGGAAGAAAAAUGUGCUCUCCUGCUUUCCAUUCACAAAGGGAGGCACACACUGACGAGUACUAUUCAUCAAAGGAAAAUGAUUUAAUAAAAAUAAACACGUUUUAUCCGACAACUCGGUAUAUAUAUAAAAAAGAAAAAACAUUUUGGCAAGGUUUAUUUAUUUAUUUGUAUAUUUUAUAUUAUAUGUAAUGUAAAAAAAUACAUUUGGUACAGCCCUAAAUGAAAUUGGGAUCUAUUGUUUUACCUGACACCAAUCAUGCUGUAUCAGAUGAGGCUAACGUUAGGGAGAUACAUGUAGCUGACGGGCUGCCUGACAUUUCAAUAAGGAACUGUACAAAGAGAAAAGUAGCAUUAUAAUAAAUAGUAAAAACAGUUUUGCUCAAAGGAUUUAAUGUUGUCUAUUUCAGUUGUCUCUAUCUCUCCGCUGUGGAGAUCAGAGCAAAGCCAGCAGUGUUAUUCCUGUGACUGUAUCGACCAGAAGAACCACAUUAACCCUGUUUCAAUUUGUGAUGAUAGUCCAACAUUUUCAGACUGAUCUGUAUCGGUCCGCAGAGACCUUUUUUAUUAUUUUUCCCUCUUGUGCUUUUAUUUAUCUCAAAAUGGUCCCAUAUCUUUGUUGCAUUUGUAGGAUAACCCUGCCUCAAUGUGGCCUUCAACCUGGAGCCAGGAACAAUCCCAUAAUCCCUCACUAAACACAUCACUGCUGUACUAUACAACUCAAAGUGUACUGUGGUAUUAUUUAACAGGAGCAUUCCAAAAAAGGUCCCCUCUUUUUUUUAAGUGAUUUUGAAAUACGAUUUUCACUCCUGGGAAGGGAAGGUCACUGUGUUCCCUCCUCGGUGAGAAAAGACCCAGGCUUCCACACAGGGAAUUUUAUACACCGCCAUUAAAUUAUUAAAGAUGUCCACUGCCCUACAGCUUCUAUCUACCAGGGAUCUGAGGUGGAGUUCUACAUUUUACCUUCAGUAAAAAACGUUUUGUAUUUUCCGGGCACUACAACACAUCUUCCGGCCUCGGUAGUGAGUGGUCACCUUUUUUACUGCCUCCUCUUCAAAUAAUUCUGCCAACUUCUUCUUCCCUGAGGCCCUUUAGCUGCCUCAAUUUAAAUUUCUGCAUAUUCUGAAAUAUUAGAAUAAACCAAGCAAUAGGUGAUGCAUUGUGGCCUCGUUGCAAGUGUUUUUCCUUCAGGAACACAUUCUUCUCCUCUUGGUGCGUUUUAAAGGCAGUUGGUAUCAAUGCAUUGUUGCAUUAAAAUGUCCUCGAUACCAGCAGCCAUAUUGAAGGGAGCUGUGUAAUAAUGGAAGCCCUUUGACCUUUCACACAUCUAACAGACAGUUUGAAUAAUAAAAAAUGGGAUUUAUUUCUGAAAACAGUAUUAUAUCAGCGUAAUAAUGGUUAUCACUUGUCUGUUGAUCCUGUGGCACGGGUUUGCCUUCAUGUGUUUGUGUGAGUGCACCAUCAGAGUGGUUGAUCUGUGUAUGUAUGUGUAUAUAUGCGCAUAUUAAGACUUAUAUAAAAAGAAAAAUCUCAGCACAAGUUUGGAUUUUGAUUAAUUUAAUUGUUUUAUGUAAUUCUAUGCUGCAAUCCAAAGAAUAAAAAUGUAUUAUAAUACAUUUAUAAUUUUCAUUUUUUAUCAUCUGAACAGUAAUCUGGUAAGAAAAAAUAAAAAAGCAAGAUUUAAAGAG